AUGAGCGCUGUACAGAACCUUUCGAAACUAAGCCGAGCAGAACUGGAGGCUUACGCUGCACGUUUGGAGCAACUGCUAGGACUGAAGCGGAGCAGCUCCCGUAAUAAGAAUUCUGCUCGCGAAAUCAACUUCAAAGAGUACGGCGUUCGAAAAAUAGCGUUGAAGCUUGCAUACCAAGGUUGGUCGUUUCCUUCUGGUUUUGCUGCUCAGCCGGCUGACUUCAGCACGUCUUCGGCGGGGAAGCUUAGUGGAAUCGCAUUCAAAUCUGUAGAGAGUGCUCUAUUUUAUGCGCUAGAGAAGGUAAAUCUGGUACCCAAUUUGCACUGGUUCGUUGGCAGUGACGGCACGUGCGCCACAGGGGUGUCCCCGAACAGGCCUCUCAGCCGAGAGAAGUUCGGUGAGACCUGGGCUGUAAAAGGUUGGCAGUACGCUCGUGGUGGGCGCACCGAUAAGGGUGUCAGUGCAAUUGGCCAAGUCGUAUCGCUUUUGGUAAGGUGCCCUCCACCUGGCACGGGGACUAACUUUUAUGACUAUAUACAUUUACUGAAUCGGGAGUUGCCUGCAUCAGUGCGAGUGUACGCCUGGGCCCCCGUGGCGGAUGAUUUCUCGGCUCGUUUCAGUGCCUAUUCACGAACAUACAAAUAUUUCGUGCCGAAUGUGUUUAGCGAUGAAGGCAUCUGUAGCAUGGUUGCUGCAGCCAAAAAGAUGGUCGGAAGACAUGAUUUUGCCAAUUUCUGCAAGUUCGAUGCGGAGACAACGAAAGGCAACACAGAACGGGUUAUUCUGCAAUGCACAGUCGAACUCGCAAAAGAUGAGUUCUAUCGCGCGCUUUUCCCUCGUGGCAUUUUAGAGUUCACCAUCGAAGGCCAGGCAUUUCUUUACCAUCAAGUUAGGUUCAUGAUUGCUCUUCUCUUGGAAAUCGGUCGGGGCACAGAGAACAUUUCUCUAGUGGACAGCCUUCUUGGGCUUGACGGUUCACCAAGAAUAGAUCCACGACCCCAGUAUGUCCAAGCUCCAGAGCACCCGCUGGUGCUCUGGAAUAUUCAUUACGGAGAGAAUGAACCUCCAUGGCGUUACGCUUUAGAGAGAGACUCUCCAUGGGGAAAAUGCUCAAGAAAUUCAACCGUUGUAGGCAUUUUGCGUCCAAUUCUUCUCCAAUGGUAUGCAGAUCUUACAAAAGUUAUCUUCAAUGGAGCACUGUUGCGUCGGACCACGCACGGAUCUCCAUUUUGCAAGGAUGAGGGCUCCGAAGCUGCAAACGAGCCGUGCGCGGGCUUGGCACCACUGAUGUUUACUCACAUGGUGGACGCCGAUGUGCACGUUCCAAUCGAAAAACGAAGUAGCAGCGGACUGAACGCGGAGCAACGCAUACAGAAAGUUCGGAGGCUCCUCGACCGUCAGUGA